GAUUCAUUUCAACAAAAAACAAAUGUGUCUAACGAAAAAAGAUAUAAUCAUAUCCAUUUUCCGUGGAGUUUCUGUGCACUUUUUUUUUGUUUGUUUUAAUGUGUGUGGUCGUUUAAAUCCCGACGCGUCUGUGUCAGACCAAACAACCGGCGCUGCUGUUCCGUCUCUGGCCGAUAGAGGGCAGCGCCAACAAUCUCUGCUCUGUUUUUUUCCCCCCUAAAUUGGGCUACAGGUCAUCAGGCUUGAUGCUGCACAAAGGACAUCAGAAACAGCACGCGCGCGCGGGACUGUGGUUUGAAGACAUUUUUCUCCUGCUGCUUCCUCCGUCGGCCUGAGGAAGAGGAAGAAGAAGAAGAAGAAGAGUCCUCGCGCCUCUGAUCAGAACAGGUCUGGUGUCACUGGAGCGCCUCUCCGCGGGAGAACAGUCCGACACUUGCAUCAUGCUGGACGGCAUAAAAAUCGAGGAUCACCCGCUGCGAUCGGGACAGGCCACGCUCGGAGUCAUGCUCGGGAGCGAUUGUCAUCAUCCGUGCGUGUGUGAAGGAUGUCAGCGUCCCAUCUCCGACCGCUUCCUGAUGAGAGUCAACGACUCGUCGUGGCACGAGGAGUGUUUGCAGUGCACCGUGUGUCAACAGCCUCUCACCACCAGCUGCUACUUCAGAGAAAGGAAACUUUACUGCAAACACGACUACCAACAGCUGUUUGCGACUAAGUGCAGCGGCUGCAUGGAGAAAAUCGCCCCCACGGAGUUCGUGAUGCGCGCCCUGGAGUGCGUCUACCACCUCAACUGCUUCUGCUGCUGCGUGUGCGACCGCCAGCUGCGCAAGGGCGACGAGUUCGUCCUCAAGGAGGGUCAGCUGCUGUGCAAGUUCGACUACGAGCGCGAGAAGGACUUGCUCGGCUCGGUCAGCCCCGAUGACUCAGACUCAGAGAAAAGCGACGACGAGGAGCUGGACAUCAAGCCAGAGAAAGGUAUCGGAGGCCAAGGGAAGGGCGACGACGGGAAGGAUCCCAGGAGGCCCAAAAGGCCACGGACCAUCCUGACCACUCAGCAGAGACGGGCCUUCAAGGCCUCCUUCGAGGUGUCUUCAAAACCCUGCAGAAAGGUGAGGGAGACGCUGGCCGCGGAGACGGGACUCAGCGUGCGGGUGGUCCAGGUGUGGUUUCAGAACCAGAGAGCUAAGAUGAAGAAGUUGGCAAGACGACAGCAGCAGCAGCAGGAACAGCAGAACUCGCAGAGACUCGGCCAAGAGGUGAUGUCCAAUCGGAUGGAGGGGAUGAUGAACUCCUUCACGCCGCUGGCUCCGCCGCAGCAGCAGCUGGUCGCCAUGGAUCAGAACGGCUACAGCACGGACCCGUUCCAACAGGGGCUCACCCCCCCACAGAUGCCCGGGGACCACAUGAACCCAUAUGGCAACGACUCGGCGUUCCACGACGUCGACAGCGACACGUCCCUCACCAGCCUCAGCGACUGCUUCAUGGCGUCGUCGGAGGUCGGCUCCAUGCAGGCCCGCGUGGGGAACCCCAUCGACCGCCUCUACUCCAUGCAGAACUCGUACUUUGCGUCGUGAAAGCGGCGACCGCGGCGCGUCAGCGCGGAAUGAACUGCACCAUCCCAACCCCUUGAGGCGGCGGCGGCGGCGGCGGCGGUGGCGGCGGCGGCCGGGAGUUUCUACACAAACACGGACAUGACAGAAGACACGCCUCCUGGUCACUCAAAGAUAGUAAAAACCACUUGUUGCAGGACAGUGCAGAUCACCCCGGGGAGAAAUACUCGCGAUGAUGACUUUUUGUCUUUGUUCCCUUGAAGAAAAAAAAACAAAGUCGAUAUUUGACUCCACUGACAGAGUGCAUGAUCAGUUGUAAACUAAGACGGCCCCCCUCUAACCCCUCCCUCUUACAGGCUAACAUGUGGGCGUCUGGACUGUGAUUCCCGUGUUAGCAUUUUGAUCACUUUCAAUAGGUUUUAGAUAUCGUGUUCAUAGUGAAAUAGACGCAGCACCGUCUGCGAGAGUGACUGUACAUUUGUGUAAGUACGACGAGAGCGCGCGCGCCGCUGUAGAAGCUAACGUAGGAUCAGUGAAGUGUAAAUACUCCCCCCCUCCCCCUCCCCCUCCCCCUCCCCCGGGCAAAUUGGAUGUGCAUGUUAAAAAUGGAAAGCAUUCUAUUUAUUUAACUAUAACAGGCUCUUGAAGGUACAUAUUAAAAACUGAAAAGCUUUAUUUAAAAAGGAUAGCAUUUUUUUUUGUUUUUUUUUUUUUGGUUGAGCAAUUAGCGAGUUCCCGAGUGUCACGACUCGUCUGUACGCCUUUUUAAUAUGAAGAUUAACCCUAUGUUGUUUUGUUUUUGUUUUCCCCAGCCAAGCUGUAAAUGAGCAAUGUUGCUAUUUAUUUCGUACGAACCAUAAAACCCUUUUUGUUGUCACUGUCAUGAUGUGCAUUCUCAAAACAAAAAAAAAAGAAAGAAAAGAAACAUGUUAAAGUUGCUAAUUGACCAAAGUUGACUGGUUUGAUGAAUAAACAAUGUCCUUCUCCUGAUAACAUUAAAUAAAUUGCCGUUCAGUGAUCAUUCACAUCA